UGCUCCUGCCAGCGCAAGCCCAAGACGAGUCUCUCCUUGGCACAAACUCUCAGCAGCAGCCGCUUACCCAAUCGCAACUGCUGCAGCAGCGGGAGCAGGAGAUUUUUGGGGCAGCGGGAGCAGGGAAUGGUGCAGAGGCAGGUGCUUCAGGACCAGGGGAAAUUACCCUGGAAAAUGACGAGAUGCUGCUGGGAAGGGUUUCGGAGAUGGAAAGGGAGCUGAGGAAGCAGCUGGCAGAGCAGGAGCGAGCAGGAGGGCAGUUAACAGGGUUACCACUGUCUACAGGGGUACUAGUAGAGUCUACAGAGUUACCAAAGUCAACAGGGUUACAAGAGUCACCAGAAUUAUCAGCAGGGUUACCACAGGCUUCAUCAGGGUUACAGCAAUCAUUGGAAUCAUUAGCAACAGGAGGAGCCAGUGAAUCCAGGGAGGAACCUGGACUGAUCCAAGGAAUUAACAGUGGGCCAUCUGCCACGUCAUCUGACAGCUCAGCAGCUGCCACGUCAUCUGACAGCUCAGCAGCUGCCACGUCAUCUGGCAACACAGCAGCUGCCACGUCAACUGCCAGCUCAGCCAGUGGAAGUGCGGCAGUGUCGGAAAUACAAUCGUUGGAGCAGGAGGCGAAGCAGCUGGCCGCUGAUGUGGCACAGAGCAGGGUGGACAGACAAGUGGCCCAGCAGCGUGCACAGCAGCUGCUGCAGCGACGCACAGAUGCAGAGGAGCGGCUGAGGGGGCAUUUUUCCGCACCUGUAGCUGCUGCCCCUUGUAGCCCAGCAGCGCGCACAGCAGCCGAUGCAGCGACGCACAGAGAGCUUCACCUCAAUAUCGGUGCCCUCUAUUCCCCCCAUCUAGACUCCCUCAACUGCUCCAACGCCCCCACCUGCCCGGAUUUCUCGGGCAGGUGCUCGGUCAACCCGGAAAUUUCUGCGUGUUUCAACCCCGGGCUGGAGGAUGACGGGAAGCAGUGGCUCCGGGCGCCGGAAAACUGCCCGAAGGUGAAGAAUGUUGUGGAGAGCGGUGCGGAGGGGUUCGAUGCAAGAUGCAGCCAUGAAUCUGACUUUGCAUGGCACAAGUGGAUGGUGUUUCAGACGUUCCUGCUGCGGGGAGUCUAUGUGAGCGCGGAGGGGCAGGUGUUCAAUGCAUCCACUCACUUUGCUCGCAAGGGAUGCGGCCAUUUCUCCGAGUUCUCAUACCCCCAGGACACACCAGUGCGCCACAUGCACCGAGCUCUCUCCCUCGUGUACCCCCAAGCCAUGGGGUUCUAUCACGGGCUGAUAGAGUGGCUGCCACAGUUCCUGCUUCUCGCUCCGCUGCUGCAGAAGCUGCCAAUCAUAGCAGUGCUUGGCACACCUGAACAGUGGGCAUUCUACGACCGAGUGCUCAAGCCACUGGUGGGGGUGGAGCUAGCACAGAUUAACCGAGUGGACAUCCAACCCAACGAGCUCAUCUUCGUUGAUCAGCUGUUCAUGCCUCUUUACCAGUGCUGCGGCAAGCCUUCCCCAGCCAUCUGGCGAGACAUGAGGCUGAGGGCCCUGCUCCCUCCACACGGCCUCCCCUUUUUCCACAAGCAUGGCUGGCACACCCGAGGGAUACAGCCAAUCACGGAGAAGCAGGCGGCGGCUGUUCUGCGCUCUGAUUGGCUCGUCGUUGUCGCGCGCCGCCCGGGCAGCCGAAGAGUUUUGGACAAGUUUGAGGAGCUUUUGGAGGAGGUGAAGAAAGUUUUCGGGCAGGAGAAGGUUCGGACUUUCGACGGUUCGCUGCCGAUUCUUGAAGUGGGCACAGCAGGGAGAAUGGCAGUUAUCAAGGCAGCGAGCAGCUCCGCAACAGAGACCGCAUGCUAUUGCUCAUUCCCUCCUCCAUUCCAACCUAUCCCAUAA